CCUCCGCCAUGGCCACCUCCGCCGCCUCCUCGGAGCAUUUCGAGAAACUGCACGAGAUCUUCCGCGGCCUCCAUGAAGACCUACGAGGGGUGCCGGAGCGGCUCCUGGGGAUAGCAGGGACAGAAGAGAAGAAGAAAUUGAUCAGAGAUUUUGAUGAAAAGCAACAAGAAGCAAAUGAAACGCUGGCAGAGAUGGAAGAGGAACUACGUUAUGCACCCCUGUCCUUUCGUAACCCUAUGAUGUCUAAGCUUCGAACCUACCGUAAGGACCUUGCCAAGCUCCAUCGGGAAGUGAGAAGCACACCUUUGACAGCCGCACCUGGGGGCCGAGGAGACAUGAAAUAUGGUACAUACGCUGUAGAGGAUGAGCAUAUGAAUCGGCUACAGUCUCAAAGAGUAUUGCUUCUGCAAGGCACUGACAGCCUGAACCGGGCCACCCAGAGCAUUGAGCGUUCUCAUCGGAUUGCCGCGGAGACUGACCAGAUUGGCUCAGAAAUCAUAGAAGAGCUGGGAGAGCAGCGUGACCAGUUGGAACGUACCAAGAGUAGACUGGUAAACACCAGUGAAAACUUGAGCAAAAGUCGGAAGAUUCUCCGUUCAAUGUCCAGAAAAGUGACAACCAACAAGCUGCUGCUUUCCAUUGUCAUCUUACUGGAGCUAGCCAUCCUUGGAGGCCUGGUUUAUUACAAAUUCUUUCGCAGGCUGUGAACCUCCUACAGGGAAGGUUUUGUGGACCAGAACUUGGACUCUGUGAAUGAAUGGUGUUAGAGGUGUGGAGAAAUCAUAUCGCUG